AUGGCUCGCCCACAAAAGAAAGGAGGCUUCAAAUCCUCCAAGCAGCAAAGCAAACCCAACAAGCGUAACGCUCUCAACGAUUUUGUCAGCAAAUCAUUGAAUCGAGAUGUCUUUGAAGCCGAGGAGGAAACUGGACGUCGCAAGGGACAUGAUCUCGAUGAAGUAGAGAACUUGGAAUACGAUGCUGGUGAAAUCGCAGAAGAAGACGAUUCUGAGAUUGACUCUGAUGAAGCUUUUGAUGAGUCUGACGAGGAGCGUUUCGGCGAAUACAAGUUCAAUGGCUCUACCAAGCCUUCCAACAAGAAGGAACUGAAAAAGAAGCAGCAACAAUCCACUGGUGAAAUUGAUUUGAACGAGGAUUCUGAACAAGAUGACGAUUCCGAAGAAGAGUUUGAAAGCGACACUGGCGAAGAUUAUGUGGAUCUCGAUCAAAUGCUUGCUGGUGGUGAUGAAGAAGAGCAGACUGCCACCAAUGCCAUGGAUGACGAUGAAGACGAUGAUGAAGAAGAAGAGUUCCGUGGAUUCGACGAUAUCAAUGACAGCGAUGAGAGCGAUGAAGACAUGGACUUGAAUGAUGACAAGGUGGCCGAUCUGAUCAGCAGUUUGGAUUCCAAGAAACGUAGACGUACUGAUGAAGAUGGUAAUACCAAGAAACGUCAAUUGAAAGAGAGAAGCGAAGCUUAUCAAGAGAGUGAAUUCAAUUUGGCUACUCGUGAGGAUGACGGUUCAUCCAAGAAGCUCAGCCUUGCUGAUUUGAUGGACACGGUGGAUGAUGAGACAUCUUUUGGCACAUUGAAAUCCGGUCUUGAGAGUUUGGCUGGUAAAGGAAAGAAUUUGACUCGCCGUGCUCUGGAUGCUCCUCUUCCCAAGCGUGUGCAAGACCGUAUGGAACGUCAAGCAGCUGCUAAAACCGCCAAUGAAGAGAUCUCCAAGUGGCAAGCUACUGUCAAGAUGAACCGCGAAGCCGAGCAUCUUCAAUUCCCUAUGCAAGACACAUCGGUGACACCCAAGGAAAACCGUACUAGUGCUGCCAUGGCUAGCAAAUUCAAGGCCGAGACCUCACUGGAGAAGCAAAUCCAAGACGCACUUGCUCAAGCUGGCAUGAAGGACGAGGAAUUGGAAGAGUUUGAAGCCCUCAAACUGAACAAAUUGACUGUUGAACAAAUGGAAGAGAAGCGCAAAGAACUUCGCAUGAUGCGUGAGUUGAUGUUCCGUCAUGAAAUCAAAAAUAAGCGUCUCAAAAAGAUCAAAAGUAAGAGUUACAGAAAGUUGCAGCGUAAGGAAAAGGACAAGCUGGCGCUUCAAAUCCAGGGUAUGGCUGAAAUUGAUCAUGAGAUGGAGGAUGGUGAAAAGAUGGAUGCUGCUAUGAGCAGAGCUGAAGAGCGCAUGUCAUUGAAGCACAAGAAUACCAGCAAAUGGGCUAAACGUGCCUUGGCUCGUGGUACGCAAGAUGAAGGCACUCGUGAUGCUAUCAUGGAACAACUGCGUCGGGGUGAAGAGCUUCGUCGUAGAAUCGAAGGUGACGACUCUGAGAACGAGGAUAGUGAUGAACAAUUAGAAGACGAUGGUGCCUAUGUGGAUAGCCAGUUGAACAAGCUGAAGAACGAAAUUGCUCAAGAUACCCAACCUACCAAGGGCCUGCUUGGUAUGAAAUUUAUGCAAGACGCUGCUAAACGUCAGUUAGAAGCUACAAAACAAGACGCUGAAGCAUUUGAAAAAGAAUGGCUCGCUGCUGAUAGCGAUGAUGAUCAAGCUGAAAAGAAGGAGGAUCAUUUUACUGUUGUUGCUAAUAAUCCUGGUCGUAUGGCAUUUGGCGCCAAGGCAAAGCAAGUCAAGAAGUCCACGCACAAUAAAAAUAGCGAUGAAGAGGAUAUCAACGAGGAGGAUGAGGAUGUUGAGCCCAAUAGUAAAAUCACUGUCAAUGAGGCUGGUCAGAUCAAAAAGAUCUCACAUUCAGCUGCACACAACACUCGCACAUCUGCUCCCAUCAGCUUAAAAAACAAGAGUCCGUUGGCUGAUUUGGAUGACGAUAAUGACGCCUCCAAUCCUUGGCUGCAAGCUGAUACCUCUCGUCUUUCAAAAAAGGCCUCCAAGAAAAAUAACGUUAUCUCAGGUCAAACUGAAUCUCGCGCUGACCACAGUAUAUCCAAGAUGAACAAGACAAAGAAAGAGAAGCAGCAAGCAAAUGACACAACAGAGGAUGUGGAGCUCGAUCUAACAAAAAUCAUGUCCAUCAAAUCUUCUGCUACUACAAACCCCACAUCAAACACAUCAACGACACCUGCUAAAAAGAACGCAUCUACAGUUGCCAAAGCGAAGCUUGCCAAGGGUGAUUCAGACUCUGAGUUCGAUAAUGACAACGACAACGACAGUGAUGAUGAAGUGGAUCAAAAGAUGGUGCAUAAAGACAAAGUCAGUUUCAGUCAGCGAGAGCUUGUAGCAAGAGCCUUUGCUAAUGAUGAUGUGGUUGCCGAGUUUGAAGACGAAAAGAUGGCUGAAAUUGAAGAAGAUGGUGACAAGGUUGAGGAUUUGACAUUGCCUGGUUGGGGUACUUGGGCUGGCGCUGGUGUCAAGAAGAACAAGAAAAAGAAGAAGAUCCUCAAGGUGACAAAGGGUAUUGAAGCUGAUAAGAGAAAGGAUGCUAAGCUUGCCCAUGUCAUUAUCAAUGAGAAACUCAACAAAAAGGCUGAAAAGUAUCGUGCUACAUCUGUGCCAUUCCCCUUUAAGACUAUGGAGCAAUAUGAAAGAUCUAUUAGCACACCUAUGGGUAGCGAAUGGAACACGCGUCAAACCUUCUUGAAGUUGACCAAGCCCAAGGUAAUCACCAAGCUUGGUAAAGUCAUUGAUCCACUCAAAGCACCUUUUGCAUAA